UUAUCAUUUUCAGAUGUCAUGACAACGUGACAGCUCACGCUGUUGCACAACUGUAUCCUAUCUAAAGUUCAAGGCACUGUGCACUGGGCUCUCUAUCACUCAGCUCCACAGGUGGUGACUGCUCUGUUUGUCCGAAAGAAAACCUUUUAAAUUCAAAGAUCAGAGACAAUGGGAGAGUGGGGAUUUCUGUCUUCUCUGCUGGACAAGGUCCAGUCUCACUCCACCGUCAUCGGGAAGGUCUGGCUCAGUGUGCUUUUUAUCUUCAGGAUCAUGAUCCUCGGAGCUGGAGCAGAGAAGGUUUGGGGUGAUGAACAGUCCAAUAUGAUCUGUAAUACCAAACAACCUGGUUGUAAGAACGUCUGCUAUGAUCACGCCUUCCCAAUCUCACACAUUCGAUUCUGGGUCCUCCAAAUCAUCUUCGUCUCUUCACCCACACUGAUCUACCUUGGUCAUGUUCUCCAUGUCAUCCACAAAGAGAACAAGCUGAGAGAAUAUAUGCAGACCCACUCUAGGAGCGAAAUUGUCAAAUCUCCCAAGUACUCUGAUGAAAAAGGCCACAUACAGAUUAAAGGCAACCUCCUGGGAACCUACAUGACCUCCAUAUUUUUCAGAAUCCUUCUGGAGAUAGCGUUCAUUGUGGGGCAGUAUUAUCUUUAUGGGUUCGUCAUGGACCCAAGAAUCGUCUGCUCCCGUGCUCCAUGUCCCUUCACUGUAGAGUGCUACAUGUCUCGACCCACUGAGAAGACCAUCUUCAUCAUCUUCAUGCUCGUAGUGUCCUGUGUCUCUCUUGUAUUCAAUGUAGCAGAGAUCUUCUACCUGGCGUGUUCCCGCUCAUCCAGACGAAGGUCUAAAACUGUCCCAACUACUGCCAUCGCUAUUCACCCACGUUUCAAUGGUGACAGUCUCAUGAAAAAUGAGAAGCUUAGCCUCCAUGAUGCCAGCACAGCCUGAGGAACACUGUUAGAUCCAUUGUGCAAGAUCUACACAGUUGCAUAGUUACCAAGCAAGUGGGAGGGUAAAUAAAGGUGUGACUGGCAGGGCUAAAUCCACAAGACACCAGGGCCUACAUUUACAAAAUUAAGAUUUAUUUAUUUAUGUGAUGCUUGAAAAUUACUGAAGAUACAAUUUAGAUACAUUUAAAUGUACAUUUAAAAAUGCACAACAGCAAUAUAAUGUAUGCUACGGUGUCAUUGAAGUUUUAAGAACUUGUUGAGUUUUUGUAUUUUUAUUUUGUUUCUUGCAUUGAAUACUGCCAGCUUUGAAUACUGCUGCCCCCAAGUGGCAUGUCUGUAAUUAUGACUGUUGACGUUCACUGUAGGCAUUCUGCUGUGGCCUCAGACUACAUGGGCUGAAUGUCACAGGGACCUGACCUUAUAAGUUGACUUACUUAUGUUUGUCUCUGUACCAGUUUGCUUUGGCUAAAAGCCAAUUUGUAGCACUACAAGCUUGUUCUUAAGAAAUGUUUAAAAGGCUCUAUGUGCUACUUUUCUCUUUACAAGUAAUUUUUCAGUUUCUUCUACAUUGCUUAAUUUUCAGGCAUGACUUUAAACCUGUAAAUACUUAAAUUAGGAAUCAUUUGUUUUUACAUGUUUUAUAUUUUAAUAUAUGUGCCUUGUCUUUGUAACUGAUUGUAAACAUGUUAAAUUCAUUAAAGAAACACAUAUGUUUAUUAAAA